UUAAGCUUUCUGGACUACAUGUCCCAAAAUGCAAGUGCAAUCAGGCAAUCCCACUGUGGGUUGUGAGGUGGUCCUGGAACUGUGAGAGAAUGAAGAUGAGCUUUGGGUUGACUUUCAGGUCAGCAAAAGGCCGUGGAAUUGCAAACCCCAGCCGGCAGUGCUCAAAAGGCUCCACUGGGUUGUUUGUGCCAGCAAGUCCUCCUUUGGACCCUGAGAAGGUCAAAGAGUUACAGCGUUUCGUCACCCUUUCCAAGAGACUUGUCGUGAUGACUGGGGCAGGAAUCUCCACCGAGUCGGGAAUACCAGACUACAGGUCAGAAAACGUGGGGCUUUAUGCCCGCACUGACCGCAGGCCCAUCCAACAUAGCGAUUUUGUCCGGAGUGCCCCAAUCCGCCAGCGGUACUGGGCAAGAAGCUUCGUGGGCUGGCCUCAAUUCUCCUCCCACCAGCCUAACCCUGCACACUGGGCUUUGAGCACCUGGGAGAAACUUGGAAAGCUGUACUGGUUGGUAACCCAAAAUGUGGAUGCCCUGCACACAAAGGCGGGGAGUCGGCGUUUGACAGAGCUUCAUGGAUGCAUGCACAGGGUCCUGUGCUUGGAUUGUGGGGAACAGACUCCCCGGGUGGUGCUGCAGGAACGCUUCCAAGUCCUGAACCCCACCUGGAGUGCGGAGGCCCAUGGUCUGGCUCCCGAUGGUGACGUCUUUCUCUCAGAGGAGCAAGUCCAGAGCUUUCAGGUCCCAUCCUGUGUUCAAUGUGGAGGCCGUCUGAAACCAGAUGUCGUUUUCUUCGGAGACACAGUGAACCCUGACAAGGUUGAUUUUGUGCACAAGCGUGUAAAAGAAGCUGACUCCCUCUUGGUGGUGGGAUCAUCCUUGCAGGUGUACUCUGGUUACAGGUUUAUCCUCACUGCCCAGGAGAAGAAGCUGCCAAUUGCAAUACUGAACAUUGGGCCCACACGGUCAGAUGACUUGGCAUGUCUGAAACUGAAUUCUCGUUGUGGAGAGUUGCUGCCUUUGAUAGACCCACACUGACUACAACCUGAUGUUCCAGAAUGUGGAACAGGGACUUUGACUUGAAUCUUGCUGCUAAAGGUAAAUGCCUUCUCAGAUAAUGGAUUCCAGUUCCCAUUUGACAGAGUAGGGUACAUUGAGAAAAUAUAGAAGGUUCUAGGUAUCUUAAUGUGUGACUGUUCUUAAUUAAACCAUUUUUUAACAUUUUUGGCUUUGUAUGAAAUG